CUCGUUCUAGAAACAGAAGACGAAGAAAACAGGGCGGUAAAAAAGAAAUGGAGGAAGAAAGCUCCGGCGCUCUGUCCGACGCCGCAAUCGAAACCCUAAGAAGCCGAGGAUGGUGCUUCGGCGACCUGGAGCAAGUCCAAGCGAUGAUCCUCAUCCACUCCGCUCUGGCCGACGACACGCGCACGGUGGUGAACUCCGUCGAAUCGGAGCUCCUCAACAUAGAUCUCAAAUCCGUCGGAGCCAAGUCGUUACCCGACCCGGUCACUCUUCGCAAGUCCUCUCAUCUUCUCGGUCCCAAAGUCCUCCAGAUUGCUAGGGUUAGAGACGUUACGAGUAGCAAUGUGGACGAUUUUGCGAGAAAUUCGAGUCGGCGGCUCUUGAAACUUGGUCUCAGUGAUGGACAUAGUGAGGUAGCAGCUAUAGAGUACUCGCAUAUUUCUUCAUUCUCUGACGACGUCGUUCCAGGGACUAAGGUCCGCCUGGAAAAUAAAGCUGUGAUACGGAAUGGGAUUGUAUGUUUGACUCCUAAAGUCUUGACUGUGUUAGGAGGUGUUGUGCAGUCCCUCUAUGAAGAAUGGCAGAUGAAUAAAAAGUAUUCAGGUUUCUCACGUUCGACUUUAAGGCUUUCAAAGGAAAGUGAUGGUAGUGGUCCUCCUCCAUUUGAGAAGUUGCAAGUUGGGGCACCCAAAACUCAGUUUCCUCAGCAAGAGAAGCCUUAUCAGUCUACUGUUAACACCAAGAGCAGCGAUGCUACUUCCAGAUCUUCUGAGAUAAUACCAACUGGAAAGCAGCAGCAGAACCUUCAUUCAAAGUCAAAUGAUGUUGAUAAUCCUAAUAAGAAAAAUGAUGUGGCUGGCAAUCUAAAGACGGAUUCUAUUGAUGAAAGAACUGAAGAGAAACCUAGUAGCUCUGCACCAAGGCCAAAAGAAGUUGUUGAAGCUGUCCCUGUUCAAAACCAAGCAGCAGCACAGAAACUCCUCCAGAAAAUGAGUCAUCAAAACCAGGAUAGUAGGUAUUCGAGAGGUAGGAAAUUUAGAGGCAAGGGGAGGGAGGAGGAGGCAGAGGUAUUCACUUUGGAAGAAUGGGAAAAGAGGAAAGCUGGUGCAAAGCCUUCCCUAACCGCCCCUUCUGCAGAUGCCCAUCGUGAUGAAGAACUUGCUUGGCAGCUUCAAAAUCAAUUUGAUUUAGAAGAGUCUCAUGCACAGACGGGUCCUCAAACUGUGGGGGCAGAUGAUAUCAAGCUGAGCAUGUUUACGUAUGAGAAGAACGACGACUGGGGUAGUGGAAUGGGAAAUGGGAGGAGAGGGAGAGGCAGAGGACGAGGAAGAGGUAGCAGAAGGGGAAGGGGAAGAGCAUGGGAAGAUGAAGAAGGCAGUUACGAAAUGGAAUAUGAAAGGAGUGGAAGAGGGAGCGGAUGGGGAAGAGCAAGGGAAGACGGUGACACUAAUGGAAUGGAACAUGGAAGAGGCGGAAGAGGGAGUGGAUGGGGAAGAGGAAGGGAAGACGAUAACAUGGGUUAUGGCACAGAACACGGAAGGGGCGGAAGAGGUGGAGGAUGGGGCAGAAGGGAUGAUGACGGUGGCGGUUAUGGAACAGAACACGGAAGGAGCGGAAGAGGAAGAGGAAGGGGAAGGGGAAGAGGAAGUAGAGGGAGAUGAAGUGGAACAUUUUGCUUAUAUGUUUGUUUUACCACCUAUGUUACAUUCCAAUCCGUUUUAUUUUUUUAUCAGGUAGUGUUUGUUGUUGCUGAAAUGAAUUGGACCAUACACUAGCUACUAUAGUGGUUCAAGUUU